AUGCUUGUGAGUUACCAUCCGAAGAUCAACAACAAGCAACAUCGCCAAAUGUCGAAUUCUGAAAAAAAAAGUGAUGAAGAAAUUCGUGAAAAACUUCUACAAACAAAUGGUGAUAAUGAUAUAGAUGUUGAUGUUACACUACCAGUUCAAAGUCAGGAAGAAGAUUUAGAUGAUGUAGAACGUAACAUUGGACAUAAUGAUGCUGAACUUGAACAAAAAAAGAAAGAACCACAUAAAGAUGUUAAACGUCAAGACCGAAAUUGGCCAGUGAUAAUCGCAGGAGGAUGUGUGUUUGGUACAAUUGUUACAGCUCUUUUAUUCCGUCUUUUUAGGCACAUAGAAUUUCGUUUACUUAACCAUAAAUACUAA